AUGGAUCAGCCUGAAAAUAGUAACAGUGAUGUUGACCCAGAUGCACAUGACAAGGAUAAUAACAGAGAAAGCCAAAACAUGAGUAUUGAUAGUGAUAAAAUAAGUGCAGACACCAGCGUUUUAUCAGGGAGAUGUGCACCUUUGAUGCCACAUCAGCAACAGAAUCAAGCCUGGCCUCCACCAAGAGGUGCACCACCACCUGGACAUGGUUACAUGAAUCCCAUGUCGCGUCCAGAGGGAUUUUCACCAGCCCAAGGAUCACCAGGCUAUAUGAGUCCCAUGCCGCGUCCACAGGGAGGACCACCAGGCUAUAUGAGUCCCGUACCACGUCCACAGUACCAGACUCCACGGUCUGCUCCAAGUCCUGUUUGGUCCCCACCAAGACAUGGAUCAGCUCCUAGACACAUGGCAAAUCCUUACCCAUAUGAGCAAGAUGACCACUCUGAGCAUACAGCAUUUCCUCAGAAUCCACUGGCACAAGUUGCUCCAGAUUCACAAUCAUCGCAUCAGCCAUCAAAUGAUCCGCCUGCUUCUCAACAUGAGCAAGCCUAUCUGCAAGUCCAGGUCAUCAACACCAAGUCGCUUUGUCCUGGCAACCCUCAUCAACUCGCCGUCACUCAUAUCAUCUAUAAGGCCAUCAAUAUCAUCAAUCUCAACGUAACGAAAAGAGUCAAAAAGUCGCACAAAAUUCACAAAGAAAAAUUGAAAGUGGAACUUUAUGAUGAGUCAACAGUUGACGAAAAGAAGACCGAACCGAUCAACUCCAUUGUCGUUAGAGGGAAGGAGAGAGCUCUUAAAGAUGAAGACGUAGAAACUGUUGAAUUGUACUUUGAGAAUAAGAGGAAGUCAGGUGGAGGAAGCAUUGAAAAACUUCAACAUGACAAGAAUAAAAAAGCUAUUUACAUAACCUUUAAAGAAGAAGGAGUUGCUCAAAGUGUAUUGAGAAAAGUUCACAAAAUUGGCAAGACAACUCUAAAAGUGGAACUUUAUGACGAGUCAACAGUUGACGAAAAGAAGACCGAACCGAUCAACUCCAUUGUUGUUAGAGGGAAGGAGAGAGCUCUUAAAGAUGAAGACGUAGAAACUGUUGAAUUGUACUUUGAGAAUAAGAGGAAGUCAGGUGGAGGAAGCAUUGAAAAACUUCAACAUGACAAGAACAAAAAAGCUAUUUACAUAACCUUUGGAGAAGAAGGAGUUGCUCAAAGGGUAUUGAGAAAAGUUCACAAAAUUGGCAAGACAACUCUAAAAGUGGAACUUUAUGACGAGUCAACAGUUGACGAAAAGAAGACCGAACCGAUCAACUCCAUUGUCGUUAGAGGGAAGGAGAGAGCUCUUAAAGAUGAAGACAUAGAAACUGUUGAAUUGUACUUUGAGAAUAAGAGGAAGUCAGGUGGAGGAAGUAUUGAAAAACUUCAACAUGACAGGAAGAAAAAAGCUAUUUACAUAACCUUUGAAGAAGAAGGAGUUGCUCAGAGAGUGAUGUCAAAAGCACCUCACAAAAUUGGAGAAAGAUCAUUACAAGUGGAGCUGUUUGAUGCAUCAUCAGCAGUUGAAGAAACUGAGACGAAAGCAAUCAACUCCAUUGUGGUGAAAGGCUUUAAAGAAACAGAAGACACUGAAACUGUGGAAAUGUACUUUGAGAAUACGAAGAAAUCAGGUGGAGGAAGUGUUGAAAGAAUCCAGUAUGACAAGAACAAAGGAGUUAUUCACAUAAUGUUUGAAGAAGAAGGAGUGGCUGAAAGAGUUGUUGGAAGACAGCACAAGUUACAGGGCAGAGUUCUCACAGUGAUGCUGGAUACUGCUGAGGAGGAGGAAGAUACAUCAGAAGAGCCGGAUGAUCCACUGACUACAGUUGUUGUUAAAGGAUGUGACUCUAAUAUUUCAAAUGAUUCAAUAAUCCUGUACUUUGAGAAUAAGAGGAGAGGUGGUGGGGUUAACAUUGAAAAGAUACAACGUGAGGAAAAUGGACUGGUCUACAUCACAUUUGAAACAGAAGACGAUGUAAAAAAGGUUAUGGAAAAAAGUCACAGGAUUGAAGGAAAUCGCCUGACUAUGCAAGUUUAUCAUCCACCCAAGAUGUACCAGGACAAGUUUCUUUUGACAAAUAUUCCUGAUUCCACCUCUCCAGAGAUGAUCUGCAACUUCAUAGAGGCUAAAGUGCACUGUCAGGUAGCUGAAAAUGAUGGCAUUCUAUAUGGUGAAGAUCCUGGUGUGGUUCUAGUGUCAGUGGAAGACAAAAUAGAUUUUAAAGAAGUAUCAAUGAAUUUGACAAAAAGGAAAUUUGAGGCACAUACACUUGAGGUCAGAAGAGUGCCAGUUUCAAAAAGCAUAAUUGUAAAAAAUGUGCCAGCAGAAAUAUCAGCUGAUGUAAUAAGGAUGUAUUUUGAAAAUAAACGUCGAAGUGGAGGAGGAGACAUUUUAAACGUUGACCUACACACUAAACAGGGAUGUGCCACCAUCACUUUUGAAGAGGAACAAGCAACAUCUGCAACUGGAGAAUUGUCACUUGUUUUAGUACACGAGUUAUCAUGUGUUGCAUCUGCAGGAAAUAAAUCUCGGAAUUCCAAAUCGUUCACAAUGCCUCUCCUGGGCAGUAUUGUUGAGGUUGAAUUUAGGAAGUCCUCUACAUCCUUGUAUUUCAAAGAAGGCUCAUUUGAGAAUCCAACUAAGCAAGUCGCAUUUCUGAAGCGGAAUUUUGUUGCUGAAAUGCCAAGCAAACACACCACCCCUCGAGGUAUUCCUGCCGCAAAGAAACGAGGUAUCGUCAACUUGUUGCAGUCAGGUGUACUUCCAGCAAAGAAGAAAUUUUGGCUAGAUAUCACAGAGGCCGAUGUCCCAGAUCUUACAGACAAUAAUUCCUAG